UCCUCUGGUUUUUAGAGCAGCUCUCAGUCAGACUGUGUCAGUGUUUGUGGAGCGAACAGAGGAACAUGGAUUCAUCCUUUCUCCGCUUCUCCCUGCUCCUCAUCUGUGUCUGCGCAGCAGAUGGAUUUCGGCAUUAUGGAGUGGAUCGCUGUGAGUUUAACUCCACUGAGCUGAAGGACAUCAGGUACAUCAGGUCUAUAGUUUUCAACAAGGUGGAGAUCGCCAGGUUCGACAGCAGCGUGGGAAGAUUUGUUGGAUACAGUACGCUGGGUCUGAAACAGGCUGAUUACUGGAACAGAGAUACUGGAUACAUCAGUCAGCUGAAGACUGCGAGGGAGACGUACUGUGAACACAACAUUGGGAUUGACUAUGAAACUGUUCUGUCUAAGUCAGUGAAGCCCUCUGUCAGACUCCACUCCACGACGCCCCCUUCUGGUAAACAUCCUGCCAUGUUGGUCUGCAGCGUCUACGACUUCUACCCCAAACAGAUCAAAGUGAGCUGGACCAGAGACGGACAGGAAGUCACCUCUGAUGUCACUUCCACUGACGAGCUGGCCGACGGCGACUGGUACUACCAGGUCCACUCUCACCUGGAGCACACACCCAGGUCUGGAGAGAAGAUCUCCUGUGUGGUGGAGCACGCCAGCCUGAGAGAACCUCUGGUUACUGACUGGGAUCCGUCCAUGCCUGAGUCAGAGAGGAACAAGAUCGCCAUCGGAGCCUCGGGACUGAUCCUGGGUCUGAUCUUAUCUCUGGCUGGAUUCAUCUACUACAGGAGGAAGGCCCGAGGACGGAUCCUGGUUCCCACUAACUGAGCCCGGUCCUGUGUGCUGGACCUGGUCCUGGUAUCUGGUCCUGGUCCUGGACCUGUUGCUGUUUGUCAGAUGGAAGAAAAAUCAGCUGCUGCUUCAACCUGCUUUCUGUUUCAGCUCAGCAGACUCUCAGUGCUGCCACCUGCUGGACCGGCUGAACACCUGAUGGUCUCUGAUGGUCUCUGAUGGUCUCUGAUCCUCAGCCGGUCUGAACCUGAUCCAGGACCAGCCGUGUCCUCUGACGGUCCUGGAUCAGGUUUGAUCUGGACUCUGGUGGAUCAGCUGGACCUGGACUCUUCACCUGUGCCUGAUGUGUUGCUUUACUGUGUGAAAUCAAUCCUUAGCUGUGCCUUUAAAUCCUGUGAUCAGGUCUUUGGAUCGUCCUGGUCUCAGAGGUUCUGUGAUUGUCAGGUUUAUAUAUUUUUUCUGGACUCAGACGUUUUCUAACCACAAUAAAGAUCAGAAACCUGUUGAUGAA